UUCCCCCCAGUAGGUUUUACUGCACUUGACAUGUUAGUCUGUUUCUGUGUUGUACACUCCUAGCCUGGAUCUUAUUGCUCUGCUGCUUACUUCAAGUCCCUUCAGAAGGAAACCAUGGCCGAGCAGGCCGCGGGAUCCCCGCCCUCGUCCCGGCAUGACGACGAGCUGCAGCAGCGAGAGCAGGCCCUGGAGCGGCAGAGGGCCGAGUUUGGCAAACUCAAGCAGCAGCUCGAGGCCGAGUUCAACCAGAAACGAGCCAAGUUUAAAGACCUCUACUUGACCAAAGAAGAGGAGCUGAAGAGGCAAACGACGGCCCUGGAGGCCGCCCAGGCUGAGCUGAGCGCCAUCCAGGCCGAGCUGUCUCAAGCCCAGGGCGAGAUGGAGACCAUCAAAGCGGUGGCCACCGUGUCAGAGAACACCAAGCAGGAGGCCAUCGACCAGGUCCGCAGCCAGUGGCAGGAAGAGGUGGCCUCGCUGCAGGCCAUCAUGAAAGAAACCGUCUGCGAGUACGAGGUCCAGUUCCACCAGCGUCUGGAGCAGGAGCGAACCCAGUGGGGCCAGUACCGGGAGGCCAUGGAGAGGGAAGUGGGCGACCUGAGACGCCGGCUCACUGAGGGCCAGGAGGAACAGAAUCUGGAGAACGAUAUGAAAAAAGCUCAGGAGGAUGCAGAGAAGCUUCGCUCGGUGGUGAUGCCCAUGGAGCAGGAGAUCGCCACACUCAAAGCUAAGCUGACAACAGCUGAGGACAGAGUCAGGGAACUGGAAGCGUCUAAGGUCAAGGAGCUCAAUCACGUUCUGGAGGCCGAGAAGUCUUGCCGCACGGACCUGGAGAUGUACGUGGCGGUGCUCAACACGCAAAAGUCGGUACUACAGGAGGAUGCAGAGAAACUGCGCAAAGAGCUACAUGAAGUGUGUCACAAACUGGAGCUGGAGCGUCAGCAGCACAACCAGCUCAAGCACACGUGGCGGAGAGCCAACGACCAGUUCCUGGAGUCCCAGCGCCUCCUCAUGAGGGACAUGCAGAGGAUCGAGAGUGUGCUCUCGUCAGAGCAGCUCCGGCAGGUGGAGGAGAUGAAGAAGGAAGACCAGGAGGAGGACGAGAAAGAAAGGCUGAGCCAAGUGAAGGAUCUCCAUGAGGAAGAUGGCGGAGACAACACAGAGCCCCUGGAGGAUUUAUUCCUCGGUCUCAGCGUCGAGGAGAUGUCGACCAACCACAGCGCCCACGGCUCCAUGCACUCCCUGGACGCUGACUUGGUGACGGGGGGCCUGGCGGAUCCUUACAAGGACAACUUGCGAAGAGUCCAGUCGACAGACAGCCUCGGUUCCUCGCUAUCUGCCCAGCAGGGCCUGGGCGGUCAGAACCACAAGGCCAAGUCAGCCAGCCACUUGGACGAGUCGGACUUUGGGCCCUUGGUGGGGGCAGACUGCGGGGUCGCGGACAGUAGUUUUGGCGAGACCUCAUCCAUCAGCUCUAUAAAGCUCACAGCCAGCCACUUCCUGCUGACAAAAGACCAAGAGAAGGCCAUUAAAGCCAUGACACCCGAGCAGGAGGAGACUGCGUCGUUGCUGUCCAGCAUCUCUCAAGCCCCCGACACUGCUUAUCUACCUCCUUCAGGCUACCGGCUGGUCAGCGACAGCGAGUGGAACCUGCUGCAACAAGAGGUGAAGAACGCCGGCAGGAAGCUGGGCCGUCGUUGCGACAUGUGCUCCAACUACGAGAAGCAGCUGCAGGUUCUCCAGAAACAAGAAGCCGAGACGCGAGAUCAGGUGAAGAAAUUGCAGGCGAUGCUGCGUCAGGCCAACGAUCAGCUGGAAAGGACGAUGACCGAGAAACAGAACCUGGAAGACUCUGUCAAGACGGGAAACGAGGAAACGUCCACUAAGGUGGCCGCCCUCAUGCAAAGAGUCCAGGAGUCGGAGACGCUGCUCGGCACGCUACAAGAGGCCUUCAGUGACGCUAAGAGGAACACACAAGAACAGAUGGCUGUGCUGGUGCAGUCGAGAGAGCAAGUGGCAGACGAGCUCAGCCGACUACAGCGGGACAACGAGAGCCUGCAGGGAAAACACCGUCUCCACACAGAGCUGCAGCAACAAGAGGGCUUCACCAUGCCCAGCACUGUGCAAGAUCUCCAGUCCAAGGUGUUACAGCUGCGGGAGGACACGGUGGCGCUGCGGACGUCCGCCGACCACAUGGAGGAGAAGCUGAUGGCGGAAAUUCUCUUCUUGAAGGAGCAGAUCCAGGCAGAGCAGUGCCUCAAAGAAAAUCUCGAGGAUACGCUGCAGCUGGAGAUCGAGAGCUGUAAGGAGGAGAUCGCGUCGUUCUCAACUUUGAAGACGGAGUUGGAGCAGACAAAGGCAGAGAAGGAGCAGUUGCGGAGCAGGUUAGCAGAAAAGACAGAGACACUGGAGAGCAUCCAGGCCUUGAGGAUGAGUCUUGAGCAGCAUCUUAAAGAGCUCAGUGCAGUCAAGGGGGCGCUAGAGAGUCAGGUGUUGGAAGAGAAGGACAAGGCUCAGCGCUUGCAAACGGAGCUGGACGUCAGCGAGCAGGUCCAGAAGGACUUUGUGAAGCUAUCUCAGACCCUUCAGGUCAAGCUGGAGCGAAUACGGCAGGCCGACUCGUUGGAUGGAAUCCGAUUAAUCCUCAACGACACCAACUUGACUGAUAUCAACCAGCUUCCGGAGACAUGAUGGCACAUGUCUGCACAUGGACUGCCUUCAGAAUCACAUUCCCACCCUCGCCACCUCUUUCUCCAUCCCCACUAACAUUAUUGAUCUGACACUUCCAAGCCCCGCCUCCUCAUCUUCCAUAACCAGUGACGGCAGGAGGAGUCCAUGGCCUUUUUUUUUUUUUUUUUGUACAUUCAAUCACAAUGGAGACUAUGAAGAACACUAAUAAAACAUGUGAAGACGACAUGUUUGUGUAUGAAAGUCUCCCUGUAGAUGUUCCUUCUGUAGAUAGAACUUUAAGUAACUUUUAUUUGUCCAAUGAGCUCAACCAAAAAGAAAAGUUUGUCGUCAUCUAAAAGCACUUAUGCUGUGCUGCUUCUCUUUUCUGUCAAAUUGGUCCAUCUUUGUUCAACUCCCAUUUUUUCUGGCUAUUUGUAUGUGACAUUUUCCCACCUGCACACAACCUUAUAUACAUUUUGGCAAUGUACAAAAAAAACCUGCACAUGACUCACCGUGAUGAACGCAAAAAGCCGUGAGAGCUGCUGUGUUGUGCUUCUCUGAAGUUCUUUUUUUCUUCUUUUUAAAUAUGCAAAAAUACAGUGAAGAAACACGCAUUUGCCUUUUUUGGUUUUAUUCCUUUACUUUGACUUGUUGACAUGUUUUGGGGUUUUGUGCAUUAAGAUUACAUUUUAAACCUACAAUUAAUUUAUAAUAACUGGAAUAAUAAUGAGUAUUAUUAAAAAUACCUCAUUUAUAGUUUCAAAUACUAACUUGGUCAAUAAAAUAUCAACUGAAUCGUGCAACUGUGUUUUUUUAUUUUUUACUAACAAAACCCUGCAAUAAUUUAAACUAUUGUGGAGAAAACAUUUUUAAUAAUUAAAUAGAAAAUAGAUUUUUCCAAAAAUGAUUUAUGGUCAUAAUUAAUUUAACCUCAUACUAUUGUGGUUAAAUUUAAUUUGUUGUUUUUUUUAAUAAUAUUGUCAUUUUUAAUAUACUUAAAAAACAGUUUUUCCCAAUGUUCUCUGCAUGGAACAUGACACCACUACUUCUAAUAAUACUUUUUGGUAUAACAAAAAAAUACAAAUUAAUGUAUGUGGCAACCAAGAAGAAAAAAACGAUUAUCGUUAGAAAUAUAUUGUAACUGGAAAAAGUGUUGAAAAGUUCAAUGUUAUCAUGUCCAAUGUUAUUAGGCCCUAUUGAAAUUGUUUUGUUUAUUAUUAUUAUUAUUAUUAUUAUGUCUGAAAACUCAACAAUUUUUGAAGGCCCAUCAGGUCCGGCGAAAAAUAUAUUUUUGAGGGCCCGAACAUGAAAUUUGAAAUUUGACUUAGUAGUGCCCCUUUUAAAAAUUAGGAAAAAAAAUGACCCCCCCACUACCAGAUUAACGUAUUAUCACAAAAAUCCGUGGCGACGUCUAUCAUGCAAGGAUGUGUGACAAUCUGUCGCUUCAUUUCUGUUUGUUUUCCCCGUUCUUGUAUUUACUUCCUAUUCAGUGCUCUUAUUUUGGUUUCCACUUCCUCCUUGUUCCGCUGACUACUGUUCAUUUCACACACCUGCUGUUGAUUGGCAGCUGGUCCACACACCUGCUGCCAAUCAACAUGUACGCUAUUUAUGCCUUGUCUCGAGCAUUCCUCAGUGCUCGAUGAUAAUUCUAUGUUUGGAACUUCUGUUUGCAAGACUGCUUCAUGUUUUUCUUUUGAUGAGAAUUAAAGUAAUCUUACCUGCUC